AUGGCUCAACAGGUCACCGGGGCCGGUCCCCGACAGCCAUCUCCCCGCCCCCCCGAUGAGAGCAAACCCCGACCGCAGCUGCGCAUCAUCAGCAUCAGCAGAAGCCCACGCGAACAAGCGCUGGAGUGCACGCCAUGCACUCCUCCGCUCGUGCGAUGGAGUCCAGUGUGGUCCCCUCGAGCGCCCGUGGCUUCGCCGUCACACUCACUGACCUCCAUCCAAGAAUACGAAGAUGAGUUCAAGGGCAAGGUUCGGAAUGGACCCAAGCUCGUUGUCUUCAAUCUCGAGAACACCGAUAGUGAGUUUCCUGACCAACAAAAGCCUGACGACCUGUACGAGCCAUUCCCCUCUGACCUUUCGGAGCCUAGCGAAAGUAAGCCCAACACCUGGUCUGCCAACUCCCUACAGAAGACGCCCAUGGAGUUCUAUUUCCCAUGUUCAUCCGCCCCAGACUCAUCCUCCACCUCCUCCGGAUCCAGCUUGCAUUCCAGCAGCGGCUCUUCCGACCAGUCAUCCUCCUCCAAUUCAACCAACUAUUCCGAAGAUUCCAUCGACUCACACUUCAAAGGCGAAUUCGCCUCGCCCGCUCGCCUAGGCUACGUCAACCCCAUCGAGCACCCCGUUACCUUGACGACUGGCAUUCAACGCUCCUCCGCCGACGACAGCCGCUCUGUCGAAUCUACCUGUACCGCCUCCCGGCCACCGAUCCCCGAUCCGCCACGGUUCUACGCCAACAUCACCAGCAGAGGCAUCCAACUGCUACUAGGAAAACCCCUCCCACCACAACUUACCCGCCCCGCCAAUUCCAACACUGCCGCUCCUCGACCGCCCAACCUCGAACGGCCGCGCUUCUCCGCCAAGAUCGACAGCAAGGGCAUCCAUCUGCCACUUCGACGAUGCCGCUGCAACUCAUCAUGA